AAACCUAGGGUUUUUCUCUGUAAAAUUCACUCGCCGGCAUAAAAGAGUGGAAGAGGAAGAAGACAGUUGCAGGAUUGAAAAUGAAGGGUCGUCAAGGAGAGAGAGUUAGAUUGUAUGUGCGAGGAACAGUCCUCGGUUACAAGAGGUCCAAGUCCAACCAGUACCCCAACACUUCUCUCGUCCAGAUUGAAGGAGUGAACACUCAAGAGGAGGUUAACUGGUACAAGGGAAAGCGUAUGGCUUACAUCUACAAGGCAAAGACAAAGAAGAACGGUUCUCACUACCGUUGCAUUUGGGGAAAGGUUGCUAGGCCUCAUGGUAACAGCGGUGUUGUCCGUGCUAAGUUCACCUCAAACCUACCACCAAAGUCAAUGGGAGCUAAAGUGAGAGUGUUCAUGUACCCAAGCAACAUAUGAGGAAUUCAAGAACAUUUUACAACUACCGGAAAGAAUCACAAGUAUCAUUUCUCAGGAGCUGUAGUCUUUAUCCUUUAUUUCACUUUUUGUCAUAGACUCUUCUGUCAGUUUUGAUUAUUGAUUAAUGGUAUUUCAGAAAAAUAUUGAUCCUUUUCAUUUCUCGAUGUGAUGUCUCUACUA